CCUGGCAACACUGAUCUAGACACUGUUAUGUGACAAGUGACAACUGACUUGUUAAUAUGAGAUUUUAUGGCAAAAGCUGCAUUUCCGAAUUCUGAUAUUAUAUCGUGUUUUUAAAUAAAUAUUGUUGUGAUUGUAAGUUAUUAAUUCUUACCCGGUAAAAUAUUCAAUAAGGAAAAUAUAAAAGGGCUUUACAAUGAUAACAAAUUUUGAUAAACUUUGUGGAGAUCUAGAAAAACAGGAGUUAGAGGCGCCGAAUGGUAUAGCAUCACCGUCGACAUACGCUCAACUACUCGCCAUAUAUUUAUAUCAAAAUGAUUUAUGUAAUGCGAAAUUCCUAUGGAAAAGGAUACCACAAAACAUAACCAGUAGCAAUCCUGAAAUAACAGCAAUUUGGAGUGUUGGUCAAAAGUUAUGGAAGAAAGAUCUACCCGGAACUUACCAAACACUGGCUGCUUACAACUGGACUGAACCAGUUGCAAAUAUCAUCAGGGCAUUAGAAGAAAAAGUCAGAGAAAGGACUUUGAAUUUGAUUGGCCGCUCCUAUAGUUCCAUAUCACUUGACACAUUGGUGUCCAUGACCGGGCUCAGUCGGGAUGCUGCUCUGCACAGCUGUCGGGACCGGAAAUGGACGAUAAGUAACGACGGCAUCACCAUCAAUCCACUGCCGCCGGCGCAGCCUGCGCCUCUACAUACAUCCAGUGAAGACCAACUGUUCAAGCUUACGGAAUUUGUCUCAUUUUUAGAGAAUUAGGUAAACAUUCUUUAUUGUUAUAAUUUUAUAAGGUGUCAACUCUGAAGAACAUUUUCUUUUCUUUAAUGUCUAGAAUUCCCCUGUCAUAAUUCUGUAUUGGUAAGCCAUUCGAAAUAAUCAAAACCAAAAUUCUAUUAAAUCUUAUUUAUUAACAAUUUUGGAUGUUUUUAUUGUUAAAAACUAUUAAGGAGUAUAAAAGAGUAUAAAUUGGCAGUGUAAAUUGUUAUUACGUCUAUCUAACAAUAAAGUUGUAAUUCC